AUGGAUUCAAUUCACAAAUUCUUGAACAUUAUACUUCCUUUUGUAGCACUCGUUUUGGUAGUCUUACUUUUACCACCAUUUCUUCUUGUCAAGCUCUUCAACCGCACAAGAAGAUGUCUCUAUGCUGAAAACGUUUCAGGAAAAGUAGUACUAAUCACCGGAGCAUCUUCGGGCAUCGGCGAGCAUCUGGCGUAUGAGUAUGCGAGGAGAGGAGCUUGUUUAGCCCUGGUUGCUAGAAGAGAGAAUCGUCUCCGCGAGGUUGCUGAUAAGGCCAUGCAGCUGGGCUCCCCGGACGUUAUUGUGAUUCGAGCAGAUGUUUCCAAGGUUGAUGAUUGUAAGCAGUUUAUGGAUACAGCAGUGAAUCACUUUGGUAAAUUGGAUCACCUUGUAAACAAUGCUGGGAUUACUCAAAUCAGCAUGUUUGAAGAGUCUGCCCAAUUCUCCAAUCCUGCUACGGUUAUGAACAUAAACUUCUGGGGUGCAGUGUACAGCACUCAUUUUGCAGUUCCACAUCUGAAAAAGACCAAAGGCAGGAUCAUUGUAAUUGCUUCAGUUGCUGGAUGGUUCCCAAUCCCAAAACUGAGCUUCUAUAAUGCAAGCAAGUCAGCCCUCAUAAGCUUCUAUGAGACAUUGAGAGCUGAGUUUGGUACAGACAUUGGAAUCACCAUUGUCACUCCAGGACUCAUUGAAUCAGAGAUGACCCGGUCCGUCAUGCGAUCAAAGGUUCAGAUGGACUUUGUGCCUGCAGAGUCGACAGAAGGGUGCGCGAGGUCGAUUGUGAACAAAGCUUGCAGGGGAGAAGGGUAUGUGACAGAGCCGUCUUGGGCUAGAGUGUGGUUCCUGCUGAGGGCAUGUUUUCCUGAACUAGUUGAUUGGUGUAGUCACUUGUUACUGGUUUGUAUGCAAAAGAAAUCAAAGAAAAAUGAGUAGAAAGAAAGAAAUCCCCUAUGUACUUAAGGCAGGCAGACUAUGAUUAACAGGCAGAGCAGAUUGCAGAGGAGGCUUGGUAUUGGUAUGGCCUUUUUGUUGUUGUUGUUGUUUUUUUUUUUUUCAUUAGUGUUCAUUGUUGAAUAAAUACAAAGGGAUUUGCAAUUUGCAUUCCACUAUUA